AGCAAAAUGAUUCUUACGCAUUAAUAUCGAGCAGUCCUAAAGCGAGCAAGCAUUUAUGCUGUCUCUCUGACUGAAGAUAUUUGGUUAUUCCAAGGUAGCAAGUCCACGUUUACAUUGCUUAAGUAAAAUGUAACCAUUCUGAAAAAAAGACCUAAAAAUGCAAUUAUCCUCAGGCUUUAUCUGUGACAUCAAAAGUCAGCGUUAAACAUAACCAUUAAGAAUGCAAUGAAAUCUCAGUUUGCAUCCUUUACAGAUAAACGGAAGCCCCCAAAUGCUACGUUAUUUAAUAUUUCACUAAAAGUAGAAUAUAUUGGCAAGGCAAACUGAAAAGUAUUUACCUUGCCAUCAGCAUGUUACCUAAUUAUCUUAGCAAGAUGUUGAGCUCUAUUGUUUGCUCGUUUGCGCUCAUGCCCCGCCUCUCCUGUCUGUCUAAAACCUGGCGCCUGGCUACAACAAACAAAAGCUAGGCGCUCGCAGGUCUAUAGCCUCGACUUAAUACAAUUAAGGCGGACUUCAAUCAUUCUCUUACGUGUACGUCCACAAGAUCGGCGCUAACAUAACACUGUUUAUCCGUUCAACAAAUUUGCCUACUUCGCUGCUGAACCAUGUCGAUGAGCCCCAAGCAUACUACGCCCUUCUCAGUUUCAGAUAUUUUGAGCCCCAUCGAGGAGAGCUACAAGAAAGUUGGCAUGGACGCAGCGGGUAACCUCGGAGCUCACUUGACAAGUUACCGGCAGCCACAGGUCUCCCAGCCGGGCAUGCAGCAACACCCGAUCGGACAUAAUACGUCGGUUCCUGCGGCGACCUACCACAUGUCACACGGGGUCCCUCAGCUUUCACAUGCAGCUAUGGGAGGCUACUGCAACGGCAAUAUUAGCAAUAUUGGCAAUAUGGGCGAGCUCCCUGCUUACCAAGAUACCAUGAGGAACAGUGCAAGUGCGACAGGCUGGUACGGGACGAAUCCCGAUCCACGCUUUUCAUCAAUUUCCCGUUUCAUGACCCCAUCCUCAGGAAUGAACAUGGGGGGAAUGGGCGCUUUGGGUUCUCUUGGAGACGUUGGCAAACCCAUGGCUCCACUUCAAAGUACACCAAGGAGAAAACGCAGAGUGCUUUUCUCGCAAGCCCAGGUUUAUGAGCUGGAGAGGCGCUUCAAGCAGCAGAAAUACCUCUCAGCCCCUGAAAGGGAACAUUUAGCCAGCAUGAUCCAUCUCACGCCCACUCAGGUGAAGAUCUGGUUCCAGAACCACCGCUACAAGAUGAAGCGGCAAGCUAAAGACAAGGCUGCUCAGCAGCACAUGCAGCAGGACAACAGCACUUGCCAACAGCAGCAACAAUCUCCGAGAAGAGUGGCUGUGCCCGUCCUGGUUAAAGACGGCAAACCAUGUCAAGGGGGUGUCAAUGCCCCAACCACGACCAUGCAGACCCAACAACAGCAAUCUACCAACACAUCAAUCACAGUGGCUACCAAUGGCACUGCUCACGGCGCAAGCCAGCAAGCUAAUAACACAGGCCAGACAUCGGAAUUAGGACAAACCUCAGGAAGUCCUUCGUCUAUCCAAAGCCACGUCACUAGCUUGUCUCACCUAAACUCUUCUAGCUCUGAUUAUGGUACAGCCAUGUCAUGCUCUACUUUACUGUAUGGUAGGACCUGGUGAAUAAUUCACUUGGCUUGUGUUUUAACACCAUGUUGUAUUGAUUCAUAUCUGCUGUAUUUUGGUAAAGUGUUCCGGGUACUAAUUUGCGUAGAUGUGCAUCAAUAUAGAAGGAGGCUCCGGCUGAAGUGAAGGCAAAACGCUGUAAAUUCAUUUUGUUUUGUAGACUUGAAAUGCACACAUUGCUGGCUGGACUUAUAAUAUCACAGUGAAAGCGGUUGCUCCAUAUUCAGAGAUAGGCUGAACCUUAUGAAGCACAGAUCUGUCCGUAUACAGUAUAAGAUCUGGAAAUAUAACAUUUUUGUGGGGUUCCUAUAGAAUGACGCUUUCGCAAACAUAAUAGUGUUAACAAAAAUAUGACACCUCGGGAAGAAAAGAAAUAGGUUUAUUUAACACGACUUGGCAUUUUCUUAGUUUUUACUAUAAAACUUAGGUGUAUAUUUCUGUAAAAUGCACAUGCCUGGGCCGAAUUUAUAGUUUUUAGGAAUUUGUAUAUUAUGCUGUAAAAACUGUUUUCAUGAUGGACUCAGCGUGUACAGUAUUUGAUAGUUUGUUCGUUAUUGCCGGCGUAUGAAAGUUGUUUCUGUUGUAACUUAAAAUAGAUGAUUGGUAUAAAUAUAGUUCUGAGAGCUUCUAAUAAAUUAUGAAACCCUAAACCGCAAAACCACAAAUGUUUUAUUGAAGAUCAUUGUAUCUUUCCCUUAGUUCUUACCAUUACAAUUUACCUAUACGAGCCGCGCCAUUAGAAUUCACCGCACUGUAUUUAUAACGAUUAUAUAGUUUCAGUUACAUAAAUUGGAUAAAGAAGUAAUGGAUAAUAUGUUCCAGUCAGUCCAGCAGGUAAUCUCCGAAAUCUCCACUGAUUUUCCCAGGAUUUCUUUUAGGGGACAGUGGGUAACUAAAAGCUUAACUACUUUAUCUAGAUGAAAGCUUUUGAAUCCGAUGGUAUAUUUGAUUUAACAUUAACUGGAAAUACAAAAGACUUGUGAUAUUGUCUUGCCAUGUUCUAUGCUGCAUUUUGUUUUACGGAUGGAGAGGCCUGCUGAGAAUUUUACUUAGAAAAUUAUUUGAUUCCGGUAUAUAUACUUUGUCAUGAACACUACUACCAUUGAAACGUAAUUAUCGCCCCACAUUCUAAACACAGACAGAAUAAUCUGGUCCUUUACUGGCGCUGAUGAUAACCAAUAGUUCAAAGUCCACACAUGUCAAACGUUAGAAAGUUCAAUUUGUGGGUUGACGCUAAACUGCAGAAUGGAACAGUGAUGAUUUAAACACUUGGAGCGCUUCCCCGAUAUUUAUUUUGAAUUAAUUCCACAGAGUGAAUUAAAGUUAAAGUAGUUAAUGAGGCCAAAGUGCAUUUCAAUUAGAACGAUCAAGUAUAAUUUCUGCAUGGAAGACACUGUUUGUUUUGGCAUUAAGGAAAUCUCAGUUGUUUGCUGUGGGUAAAAGGCAGCCAUCUCCGUGUCGCACGGCCAGCUCCUGCCGAUGUAAAAAUCAGCUCGCAAAAAUCGGGACAGUUUGCGAGCAUUUCCAUGAGAUUGAAACCUGUUCAUAUUACACGAUCCAGUGAUCUGCUUCACUGUCAUUAUUUAAUUCAGAUGCGGUGGCCGUGCUGGGAUUUAAUCUCAGCAAGAAUUUGAGUAACUGAUUUCGCCAGUCAGCCUCACUGUCGAACUUUUUGAAAACACAAUUCGAAUCAGUGUAAAUGCUUCAAUAUUGUCAUCACUUUCGGCAUCGGGAUUGGAAAUAUAGCGAUUAGACUAAAUGAGAGAGGCC